AUGGCUGAAGAAGAACAUACUUUCGAAACCGCUGACGCUGGUUCCUCUUUAACUUUCCCACAACAAUGUUCUGCUUUGAGAAAGGGUGGUUUUGUCUGUAUCAAAGGUAGACCAUGUAAGAUUGUUGAUAUGUCCACCUCCAAGACUGGUAAGCACGGUCACGCCAAAGUCCAUUUGGUUGCUUUAGAUAUCUUUACCGGUAAGAAGAUGGAAGAUUUAUCCCCAUCCACCCACAACAUGGAAUGUCCAUUCGUCAAGAGAACCGAAUUCCAAUUGUUGGACAUUGAUGACGGUUUCUUGUCUUUGAUGACCAUGGAUGGUGAAACCAAGGAUGAUGUCAAGGCUCCAGAAGGUGAAUUAGGUGAAAACUUACAAGCUGCUUUCGACGAAGGUAAGGACUUGAACGUUACCAUCAUCUCUGCCAUGAACGAAGAAGCUGCUAUCUCUUUCAAGGAAGCUCCAAUGGGUAAUUAG